AGAUCAUUCAUCUGGCAUUUAAUGCGCGCAGUACCGGUUCUCGUCGUCUUACAUAUUUUCCAAGUGUUUUGCUUAUAUACAACAUAUUUGACUCGAAUGUGGCAAAGCUUGAGUGAAAUCAAUCUAUUAAUUCUUCAUACAAACAUCUUCACGUAUCUGACGACUUGAACAUUUGCCAAAAAGUCAGCAAUGAGUUCCGGGAGUAUAUGUUACAAAUGCAACCAACCAGGUCACUUCGCGCGCGAGUGUUCCCAGCCGGGGGGCCGCGACGGAGGGCGCGCCUUCAACAGGAACAGGGAGAAGUGCCACAAGUGCAACAAGACCGGGCACUAUGCUCGCGACUGCAAGGAGGAUUCCGCGCGCUGCUACCGCUGCUACGGCGAAGGCCACUUCGCAAAAGACUGCCUUCAAAGUCCCGACAUGCCGUCCUGCUACAACUGCAGAAAGCCGGGCCAUAUCGCCCGUAGCUGUCCGGAGGGUGGCGGCAUCGCGAACGAAACGUGCCACAACUGCCAGCGGCCCGGACACAUCUCGAGGAACUGCCCGGAGAACACUAAAAUUUGCUACUUAUGCCACAAGCCCGGCCACCUGAAGCGGGAUUGUCAGGAGAACGAUUACAGGAAGUAGUGUUGGCGACGAUGUUUUUAUUUGUUGUAUUUUAUAUAUACGUUAUGAAAUUGUCUGUUUUCUGGACCCUAUUGUUAAACGGAUGUUCUUAUUUAUAUUCAAACUGUUUCCUAUCUGUUUUUCCUGUAGACGUAAGGGAAUUAUUAUAACCAUUGGUUUUUUUUAAUGUAAAGUGGAUUUUAAAACUAAAGGUUUUAUGAUAUUUUUCGUUUUGUCUACCAGUUCCUUCUGACGAGAGAUGCCUGUCCAUCCUGCCGUACGUAAGGGAGGUGCAAUCUUAUCACGUCCAACUAAAUUCUUCUGUUUAGGUCAUGUAACUCGUUCUUGUAAGAAUAUUUAUUUAUUUUUUAUUGCAUUGAACGAUAUUGUGUUUUCGUUUCAUGAAAGAACGUUCCGAAAUUGUAAUUAUUUUGAUAAACGUCUUUAUAUUUGAAAUAAAAUACUUCAAAGGUGA